GCAAUUGUUUCUAGGCUUAAUUUCUCAUAAAAUAAAUUUGUGUUGAAAAUGAAUAAUUUAAUGUUUGUGUUCUUCAGAUGGCUGUCUUGCUGAAAUGUUUGCAUCAUGAUAAUCGCACAGAGUCUUACUAUCAAACAAUGCUCGAUGGUUUUGAUAAUUUAUAUCGUCAAUCACACAAAUGGGUCUGGAGACAGACUUACAUCUCACUCUGUCAGGAGAUUGUUGUGGAAGAAUCCAUGGAUAUUGCAGAUUUCAUUGAUAAAGUUGCACCUAAACUCUUUUCUUUGGGUUAUGAUAAAGUGCCAAAUGUCAGACUGUCUCUUGCAAGGUGCAUUACAUCUACAUUGCUCACAAACGGUAUAUAUUCAUUUUUUACUAUCUUAAUUGCAAUGGUCAAGUUGCUAUACUAUACACGACUCCGCAGGAAAAUACAGGGAAUUAUGAGUUUUUCUUUACAAACUGGGAAAAUGCAAGGAAUUUAUUUUUGUUUUCUCAAAAAUGGUUGCCACUCAGCGCAAUCUAAGGGAUAUUUAACAGGGUGCGUAGCGUUUUUUAAAGGUGCUUAUUUUCAAUUUUUUAAAAGCCUUUAAAGGUGCUUGGGUGUU